CCAUAUCGCCAUGGCGACGCCGGUGUAUCUGGACUGGAGCCAGAUCUGUGACCUGUGCGCCUUGGAACUGCCGGUGCACGAUGUCCUGCCCUGGAGCAGCUCGAGCAGCUGGAGCAACGACCAACGCCAGCUGCUGAGUUUGGUGGACCCUGGCACACCCAAACGGCACCGCCGUAGCCUGCUGCUGAUGGCCAGAGAGCUGGUGAACUGUAGCAGUGUGGAUCGAUGUAGUCAACUGUGGUCCUUCAUGGCGACGCUCCAUGUCAAGUCCCACCCCAGGAGCAGUAAGGUCUGGAUGUCGCUGUGGCACCACAUAGGUGGCAGGAUGAUGGACCUGAGACGUGCCGAGCUCAUGCAGAAGACUGACUUCAGUGGAAGGUUGUCUGAAGCCUCCGAAGAAUCUUCAGUUCUGCUGCUGGCGGCCCACGCCCCGGGCUACUUCGAGCGCCGCGACGUGGCACCCUUCCUGCGGCAGCUGGAGUGCUAUGCGGCCAAGCGCCAGAUGCGUUUCGCGGCCGUGGCGGGGCCGUGGCCGGUGAAACAUGAGAAGGUGGCCAUUGUCGAGUUGAUGUGGAACCUGCACCAGUUCUGGACCACUCAGCGGCCCGCUGCGGCCUCUGCGGCCUCUGCGGCCUGGAAUGCCCGGGAUCAGGACCUGCACUUCCUGUUGCACGACCUCAUCACACGGCGACGCCUGGGCCGUUCCGCCGAGCUUUUGGCCUACAAUGCGGAUGUGCUGAAUGUCUUCCACGAAGAUCCUUCCAAGAUGUAUGCGAAAAUCUGGGCCAUUGAACAAGAAUUGGCCAACGAAAGCGUCGACAUGGUAAUCUACCUGGAUGCAGAUAUGACCCUGCGGCCCGAUGCACGGGAGUGGGGCUUGGUGCCAUUUCUCACCAGAGGGAAUGAGUCUGGUCACAUCUUCGUGCGCGACUCCUUUACAGGGACGGAGUGUGUGAACACUGGCUUCUUGGGCUUUCGCAACACCGCAGUCUCCAAGCGGAUCCUGCAGCUGUGGAAGCAAAAGACCAAUUGGUCCAUGUUCUGGGACCAGAACUUCUUUGCAGAAUCCAUCCUGGAGCUGGUGGGUAUGGAAAUGGAAGAGCUCGGAAGGCCAGGUUACAACUCCCAGUGUGUGCGCUACCUGUUUCCAUUUCUGUCCGGCAUCGUCCCAGACACCAUGUAUUGCGACUGUUGGCAAGCCAAGCUGGCUGAGAUGAUUGGACCCUAUCGGCAACGCAGCAGUCGCCUGGUUUCCUUUCUGGAUCCGGAGCAUGUGGACGUGAACUUCGUCCCAAACGACAUCUUCUGGAACCACGGCUUCAAGUUGAAGGACAUGUUCCUGGACAGCCGACAUGCCAAAAUCAUGAAUCCACUCAUCACCCACUGGGCGGGAAUGCUCACUAGUCGCCAAAGGGUCGCGCUGGCGCGGACAUAUUUGAAGGACAGAUUCAACGCCAGCUUUUCCGAAGAAAUCUGCAAUGACUCGCUCCCAGUGCCGAUGCCGCCGCCCUCCUUCGCCAGCAAUGCUAGAUACAUCAAGUGCUGCAAGAGUGUGGGUCACCGCUUCCGCAUGCAAGGCUUCGUGGAGCCCCGAGACCUUUGUUACUGGGGUUGUUGUGACUGGGAACCGCUCCAAUUGGACGACUGUUGGAAGUACAUAUAACGACUGCGCUGCGCAGUGCUCAGUCCUGCGUGGACUGGAGCUGCCAGAAUUGCCAGAGCUGCCAGAGCACGGCGACGAAAAAA